CGUGGGAACGUAUUUCAUUUCUUAAAAUAUCUUUAAAUACGCAACAAAUUCUUCCGAUCCUAUCAGAGAAUUCGCAAAAGUUCUUAAUCACUCAUCGAAAUUCAAAGAUGUCACAAUUGCUUUCGCCACAAUAUUAUGAGAGUUUAGAACUCUUCAAAAAUAAACGUUUAGGUCCUGAGAAAACCAUAGAAGAAACAAAACAUGUAAUGGAUGAUCUGGCCUUACCAAUUCCUGAUAAUAUUAUCGUGAAUGAGAUUAAAUUGGAUGAAAGAUAUAGGAACAAAAGCAAGGAAUAUUUAGAGAAUGGCUUGAAAAAGUACGAGGACGUUGUGGAUGAGAA